AUGGAAGAAUCCAAGGUGACCUGGCUGAUGACUGGUUCUGACAAUGUCUCGCAUUCUUCGGCUUCAAUCUCCCUCUCUCGAAAGCUCUGGGGUCUUCGGCUUCAAAUCGACUCUCUCGAUUACUCUGGGAUUUCGUGGUCUUCAAGUCGAGCCGUGAGUAACUGGUCCAGCACGGUGGAUAUCAACUGGGCUCGGUGCGCAAUGGACAUCCCUCAAACGGGUUUAGCAAACUUUCCAAAUCCAAAUCACAUGCACAGUUACUAUGGACCAGUGCCUACAUGGUCACCAGCUUUUCUGCCAUAUCCAGAUGGCAGCCAAUAUCCCAGUAACAUUCAGAAUGUUGGUUACCCAUUUCAAUAUGGGUUUGGGCCUCCGACUCCUCACAUCGCUACAAGCUCCACAACGAGCGCAAGGGGUUGUUCAGAGAAUAGACCCGAUUGUAGGGAAACUGAAGUGCCAUGUACAAACUCAAUGGUUGAUGAAGAAAGUCAAGAGGAUAGACCCGAAUCACGGGAAACCGACGGUUGCACUACUGGUUCACCACAGUUAGUGCAAACGGAUGGUGAUGAUAUAAUUGAGGAGCCAAGGUCGGGGAUGGAAUUCAAUUCUUUUGAAGAUUUACAUAUCUAUUAUAAGGAUUAUGCUAAGAAAAGCGGGUUUGGGGUGAUGACACAAAGGAGUGAGAGGGGAGAUGAUCAAAGUAUCAGAUAUGUCACUCUUGGUUGUGCCCGUGGAGGGAAGGCCCGGGUUAAGAGUUUGAACGUCGCAGCACCACGCCCGACGGGAAAGACGGAUUGUAAGGCAAGGAUUAAUGCCUUAAAGGUUGAUGGAAAGAUGCGGUUGACAACAGUCCAUAAUACACAUAAUCACGGCCUCAGUCCAAAGAAAGCUCGCUUCUUUCGUUGUAACAGAGAAGUGAGUGAGAUUGUAAAAAGAGUCCUAGAUACAAACGACUUGGCUGGGAUCCGGAUGAAUAAGAGUUUCGGAUCUCUUGUCGUUGGUGCAGGUGGCUUCGAGAACCUCCCGUUUUUGGAAAAGGAUUGUCGCAAUUAUAUAGACAAGGCACGUCAUCUACGACUUGGUGCAGAUCCACGCAGUAGGGCGGCCUACCAGUAUUUCGGUGAUGUCGUCACAUUCGACACCACAUAUCUCACGAAUAGAUAUGGGAUGCCAUUUGCACCAUUUGUUGGUGUCAACCACCACGGACAAUCCAUUCUUUUGGGAGCGGGGUUGAUUUCAAGUGAGGAUACAGAGACCUUUACAUGGUUAUUCCAGACCUGGUUGCAGUGUAUGGAUGGUAUACCUCCAAAAGCUAUUAUUACUGAUCAAGAUAGAGCAAUGAAAAACGCAAUUGCUAUUGUCUUUCCAGAAAGUCGGCAUAGAUUCUGUUUAUGGCAUAUACUGAAAAAAGUUCCCGAGAAGCUUGGGUCAUAUGCUGCCUACAAAAGUGGACUAAAAAGUCACCUAAUGAAAUCUGUGUACGACACUCAAACAAUUGAGGAGUUUGAGAAAUGUUGGGAUGGGUUACUUAACACAUAUGAUUUACAUGAGAAUGUCUGGUUGAAAAGUUUAUAUGAUGAGCGUCACCAUUGGGUACCAGUAUUCUUGAAAGAGCACUUCUGGGCUGGAAUGAGUACAACCCAGCGCAGUGAAAGUAUGAAUGCUUUUUUUGAUGAUUAUGUUCAUGCGAGAACAAACUUGAAGGAGUUUGUCGACCAGUUUGACAGUGCGCUGAGGAAGAAAAUUGAGAAUGAAAACAAUGCAGACUUCCACACAUUUAGUGUCACCAUUCCCUGUAUAUCUAGAUCUCCAAUUGAGAAGAGAUUUCAAGAGUUGUACACGAAUUCUAAAUUUAGGGAAGUCCAGCAGCAAGUAAUGGGUGUGCUCGAUAUGGAUCCUUGUCUACUCAGUAAGGAUGGUGUAAUGAAAACAUAUCUGGUGGAAGAUGAAGUUCGUGUUGAAGAGUUCACUAAGCUUGUGUCCUAUACAGUUAACUUCAAUGUGGAAGACUGCGAUGGAAAGUGUUCAUGUGGGUUAUUCGAGAUGAGGGGGAUAUUGUGUAGGCAUAUUUUAGCCAUCUUCAAAGCUAACGGUAUAAAGUUAUUACCAGACCGGUACAUUUUAGAUCGAUGGAGAAAGGACAUCAAGAGGAGAUACACGUUAAUCCACAGUAGCUAUGAUGCUAGGGAUCAGAGGCCAGAUGGUAAUAGAUAUUCAAGUUUGUUAAAUAUAUGUUAUCAGAUGAUAACUUAUGCAGCGGGAUCCAGUGAGCAGUUUGAAGAUGCAAAAAAGAAGUUAUAUUCAAUGAUUGACCUCUACCGUGAGAAUCAACACCCCCCAUCUAUGACCCAAACAGGUUCAAAUGCUGGUUUUACAACAUUGGACACAAAUGCUGGUGGUAGUUCAAAACCCGUACUAAGUCCAAAUGUUGUGCGAGGGAAAGGAAGACCUCCAUCUCUAAGGAGAGCAUCCAGGAUGGAGAAAGACAUGCGGAAGGUUAAAGCCAAGCAAAAAAAAGCACCAGUCAAAGGGAAACGUAAACAGCGAGAUGAAGGAGAUACACCACUCCCGGAUGUGUGUAGAAAUUUAUUUCGCCCAUCAGAUGUAGAUAUCACCAGUCCUAGACAAAUGCAGCCUGUUCGAGACAGUGGAACCCAGCUCCAGGAAACAGUGAUUGCAAGUCAAGAAAGUAUACAGUUUGGGUUGGAUGGAGAUCAACCGGUACAACAUGGGUUCGAUGGAUCACAACCUGAGCAACUGGAUUAA